CGGGGAGAGAAAUAUUACCGCAACAAAGUGUUAUGUCAAAACUAAAGUUGGAUUAUUUAUGUUUUUAGUUCGUCUAUUCUGUUCUGGUUGAAGCAUGUUAUUGUAAUUGAGUGUAUGUGGCAACUAUUUGGCUCAGGAUUACGGUGAUCCAGCGAUGUAAUCGCGUCCUGUUUUGCUUACCGACUGUUCCUAAUUUAUAUAACUCGGUGUUUUUGGUCACUGAUGCAGUGAGAGUAACUUUGUGAUGUCUUCGUCAUGGCUAAAGUUAUGGACCAACCUCUGUCGGAAGAAGCCAGCAGCGACAACGAGGAGAUCAAUAAGCUUUUUCCUAGGUGCAGACCACGCAAUGCUGUUUCCAACAGUGAUUUCAACCAGAACAGUGUCAACCUUAUUAACAACAACAUCAAGGACCACAGGAAGCUGUCGACUGCCAGCAGCGACAGUGCCAUGAGCAGCAGCAUUAUGGAUAAAGCCAACGACAACUAUCUUCCCCACAACAACCAGGACCACCAGGACAUCCUGGCUCGCCCCGCCUCUGAUAUGAGCGAAACGUCUUCCUGUUGUGGGGGGGACCAGCAGACGCCUUUGCCCCCUCCCCCGCCUGCCGAAAUCGCUGAAGACGAUUCGGUGAUAAGCGCCUACGAUUACUGUGAUUACGACAAUAGUGGCCUGCUGUGCAACUCGAGCAGUGGACCUCCCAAGGAAGAAGUAAGAAGCAAUUCCACGUCUUCCGUGACGUGCGAUCGACGUGAUUACGGCGAAGAGGUUGUGUACGAUCCAGAGUUGGACGUUGGGUAUCACAUGGAUCCGGGUUUCUGCUUGAGGGAUAGUCGCAUCGAAAUCGCAGGCGGCCGCGAAAUUUUCUCCAAAAGCAGGAGCAAGCCUUCCAAGAAGCGGCACAGCGAUGAAGUCUCUUACCACCGGCAGAGGGCGUCUCACGAUCACAGCCAGUCCUCGUGCAAUAACAACGUUGGCUGCACGAAAUCGCAAGACUUUAAACGGUUCAGCGCUGACGUCAUGUAUGAUGAUAAACUCCGUCGAUACAUGUAUAAUAUGUGUUCGGGUUCUGUAGAUAAAUUACACACUUGUGCUAAAUAUAGAACUGAAGCCUCAUACAUUUUGGAGGAGAAGAGUCCCGAGCAUAUGCCAAGAAUGAAUGGUCGGCUAAGUCUGAGGAAGAGUUCUUCUGUUCGCGGACUGCAAGAUUUACCUGCGGAUUGUAAACAACAUACGGGACACUUAGUAUACGAAGCGCCAGUUAGCAAUGCCGAAGUUGUUUACGAUGAUAUUGGAGAACUAAUAGACCAAACGAAAGAUAAUUGUAGUUCUAAUAGUUCUUUUACCGGCAAUGGCAGCAGUAACGGUUUGCAUGUUAAGACAAAUGUGAAUGAAACGGAUUAUUCAACGUACCCUGGUGAAAUUUUAGAAUCGCCCAACAGUGAUACUGACCAGUCUUUCCGCAUCAUGCACAAACCUCACAUUGAUACAUUAGAUGCCAGUUCUCCAAUGUCGCCUUGUGGAGGUUUAUGGAAUAUUGAUGGGUUAGGUCAAGAUCAUACUGGUAGUUUGCAUAAUCUAAGUCAAGACGAAGACAUGGACACUGAUUCCGAACCGGCGUCUCCAGUGAAACAAGGUAUUGCUCGUCUCAUUGGCAACGUUCCUAUUGCAGAGUAUGAAGGUUCUCCCCGCCGGUAUGGACCCCGACCGGGAUACCCUCAUAGAAUAUCGUCUGACGAACAAAACAGUGCCGAAAAGACCCAUCCUUCGACCUGCGAGGAAUUGCUUAAAGUCAUAGCGGGAAACGGUAAGCCUUUAAGUGCUGAGCAUAGGAAAAGCGCCUACAAAUCUUCUGAAGAACUCACGGAUUGCGGUAACCACGAAUCUGGCGGUAAAAACGGUUUGAAAGAUUAUGAUCCUAUUACUGGUGUUUGCAGUAAAAAUGAGAGCAAAGACUCUUGCACCAAAGUACUGGCUCAGGACUCCGAUUUCAGCGAGCUAGAUUACCGACUUUAUCGAGUCAAUACUGGUAGUUCCUACGUCGGCCGCCGACUCGCUCAGUCGUCGGCAGCCGAAAAUGAAGACAGCCCCAAACGCAAUGACGUUGUGAAACUAGUAAAUGGCGAUGUCCCUCACGUGUCCAAGAGUUCUCUGUUGAGCAGUGAGUGCUUGUCUCCGUCUCGUGAUCCGGAAAUUUCACUGUCCCCUAGCGACGAUGCAGGUGCAAGCACUUGUAUUUCGACUUCCACGGGCGUCGUUUACUUACCGAACGAGCAAGAGUUGAUGCUGUUGCACGAAAGCGUCCACCAGCACACUCUCCAGGUGGAGAUGGUGGAUCAGGACCUCGAAUCGAUCAGUACCUAUCCCGGUACUGAAGACCUCGGGGAAACCGAGGUCGGCGAGCAAGUGGAUCACACUCGAAACUUUACCCUCUCUCCCGAGACGACAGACUGUGAUAGCAACGACGUGGAAAGUGUCGUGUCCCUCGAGGGCAGCAUGAACUCUGGUGGCCGCCUGAUGAGCAGCAUGCCUGUUCUGGAAGACGGACUGUCCAGUGGUCACAGUAGUGACCCGGACACCAGCGAAGACGAGGGUUCGGACGGCGCGUGGUCGGAAAACCGGAAGCGCGCCUCUGACGACAUCGACAACCAUACUUUGGCCUUAAUCAACAAGCAGAUCAGCAAGAUCGAGCAGGACUUCUGUAAGCGCCCUUCCAACAGCAUUGUGCCUCCGGAGAAGAUGAACCAUCACGAAGUGGCCGAGUACCUAUGGAGGCAUUCUUGUAAUAAUCAGCAUCUUGAACUGCAAGAUGUGGACCUUAGUUACUUUGAUGCCCUUUCCCAGAAGCCAAGUGAUAGCAGCCCCCGGUUGCAAGCCGACAAUGGCCUUCCGGAGGACUGUGCCAAUGGGAAAGCCCCCGCCUCAGCGAAUGUCUCGGAAGCCAUCAAGGAGAUCAAGCACGCCAUCCAAAUGACUAAAAACGUGCAGUUGAAGAGCACGCAUUCAGGGAACAACUGCGAUGGACCUAACCAACCCGUAUGGGUGCCUAGGUUGUCUCAGUCGAACAAGUCCAAAGAUGGCUGCCACGUGGAUGGCCAUGGAGAGAGGAACGCGGAAGAUGAAGAUUGCGACACAGACCAGGAAACAGACCGCCUUCUUGGAGCUCAGAGAACGGACGACAAAGGCUUUUAUGAUGACAAGACGAGAAAUUCAUCAUCUGGAAAGAAAAAGAGUACGUCAAAAGAAGUUUUCCUUCAUGAACCAGCAGUUCUCAUCGAAGGUGUGCUUUUCCGAGCGAGAUACUUGGGAUCGACGCAGCUUGUCUGCGAAGGUCAGCCCACAAAAGCCACACGGAUGAUGCAAGCAGAAGAAGCUGUUUCCAGAAUUAAAGCUCCAGAAGGUGAAACUCAGCCAAGUACAGAAGUCGAUCUUUUUAUUUCAACAGAGAAAAUCAUGGUUCUAAAUACGGACUUGAAAGAGAUAAUGAUGGAUCAUGCCCUAAGAGCAAUAUCCUACAUCGCAGAUAUAGGGGACCUGGUAGUUCUAAUGGCCAGGAGGCGAGUCAUGAACAGCCCUGAUGACCCAACUGAACCUAAAAUUAAGCGCACACCAAAGAUGAUUUGCCAUGUGUUUGAAUCUGAAGAAGCUCAAUUUAUUGCUCAGUCUAUUGGACAAGCUUUUCAAGUCGCAUAUAUGGAAUUUUUAAAAGCCAAUGGUAUUGAAGAUAGCAGUUUUGUGAAGGAAAUGGAUUACCAAGAAGUGCUCAAUUCCCAAGAAAUUUUUGGAAAUGAACUUGAAAUGUUUGCCAAAAAAGAAAAGCAAAAAGAGGUCGUUGUUCCUAAACAAAAAGGUGAAAUUUUGGGCAUGGUUAUAGUCGAAUCUGGUUGGGGCUCCAUGCUUCCUACUGUUGUCAUAGCAAACAUGGCGCAAAGUGGACCUGCGGCUAGAUGUGGUCAACUCAAUAUUGGUGAUCAAAUCAUUGCCAUCAACGGAAUCAGCCUAGUUGGUUUGCCUUUAUCUACUUGUCAAAAUUAUAUAAAAAAUACAAAAAAUCAAACUGUUGUGAAAUUGACUGUUGUGCCAUGUGCCCCUGUGGUAGAAGUAAAAAUCAAAAGACCAGAUACAAAAUAUCAAUUAGGUUUUAGUGUACAGAAUGGUGUUAUAUGUAGCUUAUUGCGGGGCGGAAUUGCAGAAAGAGGAGGUGUUCGUGUCGGCCACAGAAUAAUAGAAAUAAAUGGACAAAGUGUUGUAGCCGUUCCUCAUGAGAAAAUAGUGAAUUUAUUAGCAACGUCUGUGGGAGAAAUCCACAUGAAAACAAUGCCAACAUCCAUGUUCCGACUACUAACGGGUCAAGAAUCUCCGCUUUAUAUCUGAGACCGGAAUCCAUGACGGAUUCGCGAUGGAAGAUGUCAAUGGUGCCUACAGUUUGUUGGCAACAGCCGCUCGAGGGCGGCAAGAAACGCCGGCUAAUUAUUCACUUCUCUAACGGCAGUGAUACAUGUAGUCAUAGAUGUGCAAACAAGCAGGGAAAAAAAAGCAGCAACAAAACGUUUCUUCAUCUCAUUUAGCCAUAUCAGGGUUCAUUGUGUGGAGUUCCAGUCAGAAUGUCGUGGGAGAGAGAGGCGUGCAUUCGUAUUCCCUGGUCGCUUAACGCUGUGUCUGUUGUAAAUGUAAGAAAACUCAUUUUCUGCACUUUUUUCUUCCAAAAUAUCAUGGCAAAAAGCUCUUCUGCCUCAUGACGACACUUCAGACUACUGCUUGCGUGUGUCUCACUUCACUAGUCACGAAACUAUUUAAGAAAUUACGUUCGGGUCUUUUCUCCCCCUUCGAUGAUCUGGUUAUAAGAAGACUGAAAGGCUCGCGGUGGCCUGUAUUUUUAUUAUGUAGCUAGCGCUCGGUGUGAAAACGUCUAUUUACGAGCUCUCUGAAAAAAAAAAAAAAAAAAGUCUCCUACGAUUCAUUUCGAAGAUUCAUCUGUAGUUUUGUUCAUUUUACUCGGAACCAUGCUGUGUAUGCUUCUGAAGAAUUACUUAGUGCCUGAAAUAAAAGAUAACACUGAAUAUUGUAA